CACAGCUCAGGGAGGCAGAGCGAUAGAUCUGGUCACAGCUACAGGAGGGGAUUCUUGCCCAACUGAGUUUGAAGGCUUGGAUCCCUUCCUUUGUGUUCUAAGCUCCCCUGCUUUUCAUGCUGGUGAAAUCGCUGUAUAAUUAACACCCUAUGGCUCAAAGCCGGCGCAAUCAUGGAGGUUUGAGUUGUGUGGAGCAGGCAGACGGUAUAAUCCAAAAACUGUGUUAUCAUGUGCAGUCACAGGUUGAAACACAAACUGGAAGACAAUUUGAGCUGUUCUGUGCAGUCGAGUACGCAUCGCAGGUGGUGGCUGGAGUCAACUUGUUUAUUAAGGUUUACGUAGGACAAGAGGAAUUUCUUCAUCUUAGGAUAUAUGAUCGUGUGACGGGGCCGAUCAGCCUUACCAGUUUCCAAACUGGAAAAGUUGGAACUGACCCAAUCUCUUACUUUUAAAACUACAGACCCUGUCCUGGAGAAUCAUGGAGCAACUCUGUUCUCGUCAAACGUCUUGUAAUGAUACUGUCCCUUUUAAUGUUCCUGCAUAUUAUAUGAUCUCGUGACAAUAAAAUCAAUAAAACAGACC